AUGCCAGUAGCAAAGUCAUCUCCAGCCAACAGCAACGACAGUGCUUCUGCGUAUGAGGACGAUGGAUCAGCUAACUACGAAACGCACGACACGCAAAAUAAUUUGGACAGUUACGCGAAUAGCAUUAGGGGUACAGUCAAUGACCUUAACCACACCACUCCAUUAAACGAGCUGAAAUUUGAGACACAAGUUGGUAACUUUGAAGAGGAGGGCGACGACGAUGAGCCUGAGGAUGGCAAAAAGACAAAGUCAGGUAGACGCAAGAUUAACAUUGAAUACAUCAAAGACAAGUCACGCCGUCACAUAACGUUUUCAAAGAGAAAGAAUGGUAUUAUGAAGAAAGCGUACGAACUGGCGACAUUGACGGGUACCCAAGUGCUUUUGCUGGUUGUUAGUGAGUCUGGAUUGGUGUACACGUUCACCACAGCCAAAUUGUCGCCCGUAGUGAAGACAGAUGAGGGACAGUUGAUUGUGCAGAAGUGCCUUUCAAAUCAGUAUGAAAUCGACGAGGACGGAUACGCUCCAGUUCAAGAUAGGACAAGCAAGAGAGGUAGACCAUCGCGUGCAGAAACUGAAGGACACUCACUCAAACGUCAAAGAACGACAGAUUUCAGUGAGACAUCAUUAGCAGAAGCGACGAAAGCAACGAUGAGAGCACCUAUUGCACCAGUGCCUGCAGUACCAAAUCUCGACAGCGUUGCAGGUGGACAUCAACAGCCACAGAAUCUUGCACACUUUAACAGAGCACCGCAAGCUGCACAUGCACCACAUGCACCACAGGACGAGUACACUCCACGCACAGCGUUCUACGACAGCUCAUACCUCGACUUCAACAAUAUCGCCCCAACAGAAGUUAUGCCAAACCCUUUGCAGCAGUAUCAGAACACUGCGGCUGCUGCUGCUGCCGCCGGUGCUUACGAGUACGUGGGCAACUGA